CCACCAUGUCCACCAGCAACAUGGAUUUUUCUUGUGGAUCCACUGCUCGAUACUCGCAUGAUUUCACGAUCCCUUCUCUUCGUGCAAAUGAACAAUCUUCGAGUAGAUUCAGACCACAGGCUCCCAUGCCCCUAUCUUCAUCACUAGCUCAAGCUUCACCAGAUUCAUUCGAUGAUCCGCACACAUUUGCAGGCUCUACUCCUUCUGGAUUCUCUGGUGUGAGUUGCUUAAUUUUUUGAUACUGUCAGCUCCCAGAUUAUGUUCUAGGGCGCAUAUAUGCACCAGGCCACACCAAAUUUCAUUACAGCACGGCAGGUGCAUGCCCUUCAAGAACAGCUCUCUAUAUACCAAGCACAGCUCACGGAGACUCAACUCGAGUUAAGCAAGACUAUUACCGAACGCGACACUAUCAAGGCAUCUUUUACUGAACUUAUCAGUGUACUGCGACUCCCGGAUUCCACUGACCCACUGAGUUUCAGUCUCGCAGACGACACAUUAACAGGACACAACAAAGCCUGUCCUUCGAAAGACUCUCACCCGAAAAUCUGUUUCUGGAGUCAAGCAGAUUAUGACAAAUACAUUGAGAAUGCUGAGUCUGGGACUGGGACUCGGGGUAAAGCCCCUUGGCUAGAGCUCGAGGAUGGUAGACCUGUCACAAUCGAGCAACUCAAAGCAAUUCGUAAGGUUCUGCGCGCAGCCUGGGCUGAAUUGGUUGUUCAGAAAUUGGCUCCACCCACCUGGUCAAGGAUCUGUGCUACUGGCAAGAAGCUCGUAUUCGAUAUCAUGGUGAAACAGUUCCCACUAUUCCUAUUCGACCACUGCGGCUGGAAACUCGAGCUGCUUUGCAUCACUGAUUACUCAUCCUGGCGGAAGAACAAUCUUGGGACUGACAGAAACUGGAAGGACGUACCAGGGAAGCUCUCAGCCAAGGAAGAGCAUAUCGACGACUUGGAUGAACUUGAGGUGUUGGAAUUGAAACGCACUGAAGCCCGGGCUAAAGGAAAUGGCAAGCGGCGCCUGUCUGACGACAGCAAAACCCUGGUCCGACAAGACCGUUUGAAGAAACCUAAAUUUGACUCAGCACUGUCUCCCCUGCUUCCCAUUGAACUGAAAGUCGACCCUGGUACUAUAUCACGACCUUUACUCUCGACUGAUGCUAUGCCCCUGCAUCCAGAUCAAGAUUCUGAGCCUGGCACUAGCGCCAACAUCUGUGUUCCUUCGCCCAUUGAUGAUUGUCUUGCCCUCGAAAAUACUCGCAUCACGCCAACCUACCCACGCGAUGCAUCUGCCCCACCAUUUGGAGUCCACUUACCGCAGCCCACUCCACAAGGCUCAUCUCUUCCCAGAUCGCCUUUACAUCCGACCGUGUCUACUUCUGAAAAUAAGACCUUGCCGACUUGUCACACACCAGGAACAUCUCGGAACAUACAACUUGAAUGUGCCGACAAAGAGAAUGAGAUUAUAUUGCAGGAUCCACUGGCUGAUAUUUUCGGACCUAACGGAAUCGCCAAGACAGUCCCUGCCCCAGCACUUAGCCCAAUCAAGAAGACAAACGACGAUGGACCAAGUGCAUCUAACAACAAGUUAGCUGCAAAAGCGGACGGAAAGAAGAAGAUGCGACCAGGUGCCGCGAAGAACGCUCGAAACUUAUGCGCAUGGCGUUGGCUGAAGCAGGUGAACGAGACGAGUGGAACAACCGAAGAAUUCCGCAUGUAUUGGGCGGCACUCACGCCCGCACAGCAAGAUGAGUACAAGGCCGACGCAGAGCGGUUGCAGAGCGCAGGGACGUGGACAAAGGGUUCUGAUUGUGCCAUCUGCAACGGCGCACUAUACUAGUAUGUUUUCCCCUGCAUUGUAUGUCUUUUUCAUUGCCUAUUGCUGUCCUGCCUGCAUGUUUUCACCCUGCUUUCGUGCCCCCGCCCUGCGGUUUGCUAUUUCUGACUGCACUGUAACAUCCCAUGUCAUCCGAUCCUGUCCGAUGUCGUCACAAUACAUUGCAUUUGCUUGAC